AUGGCACAAAAUAAAGGAUCCAACCAACUCAUUCAGCAGCUGCUGAAGGCGGAAGAAGAAGCAGAUCUAGUGAUUAAAAAAGCAAAAGAUGUGCGCGCCAAGAUGCUCAAAGAGGCCGAGACGACAGCUACAGAAGAGUUGAAGAUUUUCCGGGCCAAGGAAAAGGAGCGUCUGAACAAGGGCCACAAGGAGAAAACCACCGCUGAAGACGAAGCCGUAACCCUAAUUGAACAAAACACAAAAGAAGAAAUAAAAAAAUACAAGGAACUCUUUAAAAAGAACAAGGAUCAAGUAGCUCAGUUUGUCUUCGAUAAAGUAUUCAACGUAGAUUUGACAAUUCCAGACUGCACCCAGAAGGCGCUUUAA